AUGGAGAAUCCAGCGUUUGAUAGAUCUAAAGAUGAUCCUCCACAGUAUGAGGAGACGUCAUUCUCCGGUAACGGCUUCAGUAACGGUGACCAUCGGCCCGUCCGUCCGUCCGUGGUCAGCGCGUUUGGUCAUGACACUUUGGAUCGGGUGCCCAAUAUCGACUUCUAUCGGAACGCGGCGAGCAUCAGCGGACACAGAGCUGUGAGACCGUCUCUACAGGAGCUUCAUGAUGUCUUUCACAAGAACGCAGGGCUUGCGGAUCAGAGCGCGGGUGAGAGCAGCGAGGUGUGCGACAGCUCCACGUUGGGCGACGUGGAGUCCAUCGUCCCGCUGGAAAAGGAAGAUAGCGGCUUAGUUAAAUUUGGCUGGAUCAAAGGAGUUCUGGUGAGAUGUAUGCUGAAUAUCUGGGGUGUGAUGCUCUUCAUUCGUCUCUCGUGGGUGUUUGGACAAGCAGGAAUCGGACUGGGAAUAGUGGUGGUUGUGCUGAGUGUGGUUGUGACCAGCACCACCUGUCUGUCAAUGUCAGCGAUCUGUACCAAUGGUGUCGUGAGAGGAGGUGGAGCGUAUUACCUCAUCUCUCGCAGUCUGGGCCCUGAGUUUGGAGGAUCCAUCGGUCUGAUCUUUGCUUUCGCUAACGCUGUUGCCGUGGCGAUGUAUGUGGUGGGCUUUGCUGAAACAGUGGUGGAUCUGCUGAAGGAGAAUGACGCGCUCAUCAUCGAUCCGGUGAAUGACAUCAGAAUCAUCGGCUGUAUCACUGUCGCCCUGCUGCUCGGCAUCUCUGUCGCUGGCAUGGAAUGGGAGGCCAAGGCUCAGGUCGCGCUGUUGGUGAUCUUGCUGUUGGCUAUUGGUGAUGUGUUUGUUGGAACAGUGAUUCCCUCCACACAGGACAAGCGUUCUAAAGGCUUCUUCAACUAUCGAGAAUCCAUUGCAAAGGAAAACUUUAUUCCAGACUUCCGGGAUGGAGAAACGUUCUUCUCGGUUUUUGCCAUUUUUUUCCCAGCAGCCACUGGAAUUCUGGCCGGAGCGAAUAUCUCUGGUGAUCUGAAAGACCCUCAGGCAGCUCUUCCCAAAGGAACACUGCUGGCCAUCUUCAUCACAGGAGUUACGUACCUCGGCAUCGCAAUGUGUGUUUCUGUCACGGUCGUACGAGAUGCGACUGGUAACCGUAACGACACAAUCAAACCUGGAGUGAGUUGCAACUUCUCUUCAGCGUGUGAUCUGGGCUACGACUUCUCGAUCUGUCAAACCACCAAAUGCAACUACGGCCUCAUGAACAACUUUCAGGUCAUGACUCUGGUGUCUGGAUUUGGACCUCUCAUCACAGCCGGAACGUUCUCGGCCACCCUCUCUUCUGCUCUGGCGUCUCUCGUGAGCGCUCCUAAAGUCUUCCAAGCUCUGUGUAAAGACAACAUCUACACAGCUCUCAAGUUCUUUGCCAAAGGUUACGGGAAAAACAACGAGCCAAUCAGAGGAUACGUCCUGACCUUCCUUAUCGCUGUGGCCUUCAUCCUCAUCGCUGAACUCAACACCAUCGCACCCAUCAUCUCAAACUUCUUUCUGGCAUCAUACGCUCUCAUCAACUUCUCCUGUUUCCACGCAUCAUACGCCAAAUCUCCAGGUUGGAGGCCGGCGUAUAAAUAUUACAACAUGUGGUUGUCUCUGUUUGGUGCUGUUCUCUGUUGUGCUGUCAUGUUUGUUAUAAACUGGUGGGCAGCGCUUCUCACUUACGGCAUCGAGUUAUUUCUCUACAUUUAUGUCACGGUGAAGAAACCCGAUGUGAACUGGGGUUCAUCCACUCAAGCUGUGACGUUUGUAAAUGCCGUGGACAACGCUUUGACUUUAUUACGUGUGGACGAUCACAUUAAAAACUUCAGACCUCAGUGUUUGGUGUUGACCGGAUGUCCCAGAAGCAGACCAGCUCUUCUGGACAUGGCUCAUUCCUUCACUAAAAACUACGGCUUGUGUUUGACGUGUGAGGUGUUUGUGGGUCCCCGUGACAAGAGUUUGUCUGAAAUCAAUAGUGCUGUUCAGAAGAAUCAGCUGUGGCUCAAUAAACAGAAGCGUAAAGCGUUUUACACGGCAGUAGCUCGAGAGAGCAUGAGAGAAGGAGCAGAAACUCUACUGCAGGCAUCAGGUCUCGGCAGAAUGAAGCCAAACACAGUGAUGUUGGGAUUUAAACGUGACUGGAGAACAUCCAAACAUCAGGAGGUUCAGAGUUAUGUGGGAAUUCUGCAUGACGCGUUUGAUUUCGAGCUCGGGACGGUGAUUCUGAGAAUGAAUCAAGGGUUGGACAUCUCACACAUUCUGAAAGCAGAAGAGGAGAUGGAGCGGAUGAUCAUGGAGCAGCAGGCGCUGGAGAUGGAGGAGAACGACUUUCAGCCUCAGGGACGAAAAUGGUUCUUCAACAGGUCCAAAAAACCCUCCAGAACAGAGCUGACCAACAGAGUUUCUCUGGAUGUUCCUCAAGCGUCUGAUCUGGCAAAGAUGAACCAGCGUCUGGUGGAGGCCAGCGGUCAGUUCAAGAAGAAACAAGACAAAGGAACGAUAGACGUGUGGUGGCUGUUCGAUGACGGAGGUCUGACGCUUCUGCUGCCUCACAUUCUCACCACACGCAAGAAAUGGAGGAACUGUAAACUCCGAAUCUUCAUCGCUGGACAGUCUGAGCGGAUCGAACGGGACAAAGAAGAAAUGCAGUUAAUGCUGAAGAAGUUCAGGAUAAAAUGUGAUGACUUCCAAGUUAUAUCAGAUAUGAACAUCAGGCCCAGCGCAGAGAGCUGGAAAGCGUUCGAGGACAUGAUCGAGCCGUUCCGGAUGCACGAGGGCUCAAAAGACACGACACAGGCUGAAGCUUUGAGGAAAGAACAUCCCUGGAAGAUCACAGACACUGAACUCGAUGCCUUUGAGGAAAAGACAGUCCUGCAGGUGCGUUUGAAUGAACUUCUUCAGGAGAGCUCUCGAGCGGCUAAACUCAUCGUGCUGAGUCUGCCCAUCGCUCGUAAAGGUUCAGUGUCUGAUCAUCUGUAUAUGGCCUGGCUGGACGCGCUCACAAAGAAUCUUCCACCGACCGUCCUGAUCCGUGGAAACCACCAGAGCGUCUUGACCUUCUACUCCUGAACCUGUUCAACAGAGACUUCACAUCAAUGCAAACACACACUUUCAUACUGCAAACUCUUACUUUGAUAUAUAAUGCACUUUGUGCUGUCUCUAGUACACUAGCGUUGCUUUGCUCUGAUUGCUCAUUUAUAUUCCGCUCUCUAGUGGAAAUGUGUAGCUAUAGCAACAAUGACAUUCGAUUUCUGUACACAGUGCAAUAAAGUGUGAAAUGAUUCAUAAUGAUCGAUUAAAAUAACACAUGAAGUACAGUUAUCCUGAUGUAAAUAUCUACACGCUUCAUAAUGAUGUUUUCUUGACAAUCCUGUUUAUAUUUCUGCAGUACUGGAAAAGAUUGUGUGAAAAUAUUUCACGCUAUAUUCAAGAAUAUUAACGUUUUAUUUAUGAUUAUUUAUCGGUAAUUAAU